AUGAUGAUCAGCAUUGCUUUGAUCUGGGGAGUGGUGGUUGGAUUCUGCUGCCUACUGUGGCUUGCACUGGGAAUCAGACACAGGCAAACUGGCGAACCUGCAAUUGAAAACGGUUUAAUUCCCUACCUGGGCUGUGCUUUGCAGUUUGGUGCAAACCCUCUUCAGUUCCUUCGCAGCCGCCAGAAGAAGUACGGUCACAUUUUCACCUGCAAGAUAGCAGGCCAGUAUAUCCACUUCCUGUGCGAUCCCUUCUCCUACCAUUCAGUCAUCAGACAAGGACGACACCUUGACUGGACAAAGUUUCAUUUUGCUACGUCUGUUAAGGCAUUUGGUCAUGACAGCUUUGACCCUCGUCAUGGUCACACCACAGAAAACCUCCACCAAACCUUCCUGAAGACCCUGCAGGGGGAAGCUCUGCCCUCCCUGAUCGAGGCUAUGAUGGAGCACCUCCAAGACGUGGUGCUGAAGUCAGACACUCUGUGUCCUGAUGGGGAUGAUUGGCAGGUAGACGGCAUAUUUGCCUUCUGCUACAAGGUAAUGUUUGAAGCUGGCUACCUAACUCUAUUUGGCAAAGAGCUUGGAGAAGAUAAGUGUCGUAACAGGCAGGCAGCGCAGAAAGCCUUGGUCCUCAAUGCUUUGGAGAACUUCAAAGAGUUUGAUAAGAUUUUUCCGGCUCUAGUGGCCGGUUUGCCCAUCCAUGUCUUCCAGAGCGCCUACAGUGCCAGAGAGAACCUAGCAAAGACCAUGCAUGCUGAGAACUUAUCCAAGAGACACAAUAUGUCUGAUCUGAUCUCUAUGAGAAUGAUACUGAAUGACUCUUUAUCUACGUUUAACGAUGUGAGCAAAGCUAGAACCCACGUCGCUCUGCUGUGGGCGUCCCAGGCCAACACGCUGCCCGCGACGUUCUGGAGCUUAUUUUAUAUGAUCAGGAGUCCAGACGCUAUGAAAGCAGCUCAGAAAGAAGUGCAGCAAGUUCUGAGGGAUUGCGGUUUGAAAGUGGAUCAUGAUGAACCCAUGCUAAAUCUGACCAGAGAACAACUGGACAACAUGCCUGUUUUGGAUAGCAUCAUGAAAGAAGCCAUGCGGCUUUCUAGUGCUUCUUUGAACAUUCGAGUGGCUAAAGAGGACUUCCUGCUUCACCUUGACAACCAGGAAGCUUACCGUAUCAGGAAAGAUGAUGUCAUAGCCCUGUAUCCACCUAUGCUGCACUACGAUCCGGAAAUCUAUGAGGAUCCCUAUGAGUAUAAGUUUGACCGUUUUCUGGAUGAGAAAGGUCAGGAGAGGACGACUUUUUAUCGCAACGGCCGACGGCUGCGUUAUUUCUACAUGCCCUUUGGCUCAGGGGUAACGAAAUGCCCCGGAAGAUUUUUCGCCGUGUAUGAGAUCAAGCAGUUUCUGACUCUGAUGCUGGCCUACUUUGACAUGGAAUUAUUAGACCCUGCUAUUCGAGUUCCUCCUCUAGACCAGUCCCGCGCUGGUCUGGGAAUCCUUCAACCUACCUAUGAUGUGGACUUUAGGUAUAAGAGGAGGCUGAACCACUGAAGGUCGUCACUGCUCUGCUGCCUGACUGAAUUUUUUUGAUGUAUAUAGUGUAAAACUGAAAGUGCCAUGAAGAUAUCUCACUGUGACUGUAAAUAGAUUGAACUAUUUUUCAUUCUCUGUUUCUUUUAUAAAAAUGCUGUAG